AUGUCUCAAACGGAGGAAGUUCAAUGUCCCUUAUGUUCAUCCAAAAUUUCAAAAUUUCAUAUUAAUUUAACUUCAGAUCUAUUGAUGUGUGUUAAUGAAUCGUGUACGUAUCCAUUCGAAACGGAGGAUGUCUCAAAAUUUAUUGUGCAAAAUGAUGAACAGACAGUUUUAACUCCUAGCUUAGAAAUUCGAAAUGGUGGAACCAACGAAAUAGAAUCCUUUCCAUCAACCUCAGGUGAUCUUUCUUUUGAUUUGAAUCCCUUUAAAAAUAACAACGAUUUCACCUUUACAUCGCCGAUAUCCUCCGUCGAGAAAAAUGAAGAUAUAACAGAUUUAUCGCAAUUCGAUGAGAUUCUGAAUAAUUUUUCGAUAAAUAAUAAUGAUUUUAUCACCAAUGGCAUGGAUACACUGUUAAAUGAAAUUGAUUUCUCAUCAACAUUGAGAACUGAUGACAGCAAUAAUUUAAACCAGAUCGAUUUGAAUAUGACGUUACCAUUGAUAAAUAAUAAUGAAUUAGAAGUAACAGAUAACUUAACACCUAUAAUCAGUGAUGAUCUCUCUAUGACUAUGGAAAACAUGUUUUGUUCUACCACCGAUUUAGACGCAUUAUUGGGAUCAUUUAACGAUGAAUCAUUGGUAAAUGACGUUAAUAUUAAUGAAAUUGCAUCUGAUAUUCCUAAAUUGGAUUCAAAAUUAAACGCCGUUGACGAGUCAGAGAAUCCAAAUAGUACAAAAUAA